AUGACUAUGGUUAAUGAUUAUUUCAAGGAGAAUUCGAGUCACUUAGAGGAAGCAGGAGCAGUUGCAGAAGAAAACUUGAUUAAGUGGCAAUGCCCAACUUCCCCUUACAUUAAAAUUAACUUUGAUGGCUUGGUUUCAAACUCUGUAGCUGUCGGAGGUUUUGUUGUUAGAAACUGGGAUAGCAAACCUAUCCUCGCGGGAGCUUUGAACCUAGGCUUUGUGACCAUUAAUGUUGUCGAGGCUCUUGCUUUACGGGAAGCAUUGAUUUGGGCUAGGAGGAGGAAUUUGAAAUACGUGGUUGUGGAGGGUGAUUCCAAACUUGUCAUUGAUGCGGUUCGUGAUGCUUGUGAUGUGCCUUGGAACCUAAGAUCCAUAAUUGAAGACAUCAGGUGGUGCGCUACAAAUUUUCAUGAUAUCAAGUGGAGGCAUAUCUUUAGGGAAACAAAUUUUGUUGCGGAUGCAAUUGCAUUUGUUGGGCUUAAGAAAAAAGAUUUGUGUAUUUGUGAUGCUUGUCUCCCAAUGGAAGCUAAUAUGGCAUUUCUUUUCGAUUGUAAUGGCACUGGCUAUGUAAGAAGUUAUUCUCUUUAA